UUCAGUUAUUCGCCGAUAAUUGAUGUCAAAGGACGCAGUGCUGUGCUCCGUCGUUGCCGUUCCGCCCAGACACCACUGCCGCUGGCUCCAAUCCGGCGACGAAUCGUAAUACCAUCCAUCCGUGGGACUGGGACUGGGAGACCCGUGCAAUCCGUAUCUUCGGCCGACCAUGCCCAAAGAGGAUCCAUUCGUGAAUCGCGCCCAGCUGCUGAAGGCCAUCAAGAAGUAUCCCGAGAUAUGGGACUCCAACAACAAGCUGCACAUGUGCCGUAGCGUCACCUCGCCCAUGUGGACGGAGAUCGCCGAGCAGUUUGGCGGCCAUGUACCGACAGUUAAACUUCAGUCGAUCUGGAGCCAGAUGAAGUACCAUUACCACAAUCUGGUGCAUCGCCAGAUCCUGCACAAGGAGCGCUUCAACACCAAGUGGGAGCACUUCGAUCCCAUGUCCUUCAUGUACAACAUCACCGUGGCCAAGAUCGUGGGCGCCCAGGCCAGCGGCAGUGCCACAGAUCCGCCCCCAACCACCACCAGCGACCAGCCGCUCCAGCUGGCCGUCUCUGCUCCAACGCUAGCCAAUCCUGCCCCAAUCGCACUGUCAACUCCGCCGCCACCGCUGCCCAGUGCAUCCCAUGGACGCGGACGUCCCAGCGGCAGCCUCAGCUGGCUGCACUCUCCUGUGCCGCCGCCGCCGCCGCACUCCCCUGCACCACAGCCGCCGCACCACCUGAUGGGUCAGCCGCUGCCCUACACCGCCUUCACGGGGCUGCUGCCGCCGGCUGCCGUUCCAGCGGCGCCCCCAGUUGCGCCGCCGCGAAAGCUGGGCCGCCCCAGUUCGCUGCACAACAGCAUGCGGAGCCGCAUCAUCGAUGCCAUCAAGGCACGGCCCUCGCUGUGGGCCGGGCGGCAGCGGAGCGAAAAGGGCCAGGGCCAGAGCCGCACCUCGGCCGUGUGGAAGGAGGCAGCCAUCGAAAUGGGACUAACGCCAACUCUCAUGCAGACCCGCUGGUCGAUCAUCAAGCAGCGGUACGUGGACGAGCUGCAGAAGGAGCGCUACGCUCAGUAUUCGCAUCAGGGAUUCCGCUCCAACUGGGAGCACUUUGAGCGCAUGUCCUUCAUGCGCGACAUCCUGCUGAAGAAGGUGGACGAGCGGGAGCAGACACGCGAGCACAUCCAGGAGAUAGUCAGCGAGCAGCAGCAGCAGCUGCAGCAGCACAACCAGCACCACCAGCAGCAGGUGGGACAGCAUCUGCACCACUACCGGCCGCCGCCACCGAGCCUGCUCGGUCUGGCCGAACACGCCCAGGACAUGCCCAUUGGCCUGGUGCAGCACCAGCUGCAGCAUCACGAGGGGGUGCACGUGCACCCAUCGCUGGCCAUGCAUCCGCACCAUCCGCAGGCCAUACUCGCUGCCACCGGCGCCCGUCGACGGGUCAAGCACGAGUCAGACCUUGAGUGGGAUCCAUUCGAGAUGAUCCUCCAUGUGCAUGGCACGGGCGAGCCGCCGGCCGCCAACUGAACCAAGAGACUGAGCCCAGCCAAGCGGCCAAAACGGGAGAGACACAGACAGACAGGCAGGCAGAUCCAUGUCUUAAAAAAUAAUCGCCUGGAUUAAAAACCCCCCCAAA